AUGACUUCUUCCGAGCUAUCCAACUUUCGAUAUGGUUAUGACUUCGUCGUAGCCGUAACACAAGAGAGUAUCAAUAUCGCCAUCAAGGAUUUUCUCAGCAAACUUCAAGAGUCAGUGGUUCGUGUUUGUUAUAUGGCCGACGCGAAAGGAAAUCCAGUUCAGGGCGAUUUCACCAAGCUCGGAACUGAUCCAUUUAAAAUCCAAAGCAUAGGCCGCGAUGUCGAUGACAACGCGGAUAUCCAAAAGCCGAACAAAGCUCGAUUCAUUAGAGGCUUUGAGGCAAGACUCGGUCUCCCUUCGAUGUCAGAUCCGACCAAAAUACCGAAUCUAGUGAAGCUGGGCUUUCAAACAAGCGCAGUAGACUUCCUAAUGAUGUGCUCCCGAUUCACCAUCGUCCAUGAAUAUGAACCUGGUCACCGUUGGGAAAGAUGGAUAUGGAUCUCUACCACCUGCCGUCCAGGAAAAAAUCAAAAACAUGGGGAGCCAGGUUUUCAGUGUACAACAACUCCUGUUCGAUUUAAACAAUGCCGGAUUGGCAGCGACACAGCCCAAAAUCGUCGGUGUCACAGAGGAAGCCAGGACAAUGCUUCAAGAAAUCUUUCUUGCAAGCUACUUCCAAGAAAUGAAAAAGGAUGGAAGCCCACUCCUGGGUUGUAUCAUCAAGAAGGAAUCAAACUCAUUGAAGCCGACUCUCACACUGACUCAAAUGGGAAGCCUAUUGAAGAUCCAACCGAUGUUCAGCAAUCAGCCGCAACUCUCAAUUAUCUUUGUGCUGCAGAUGGAGCGAAACUGCCACCGGCGGUUCCUUUCACCUGGAACUGGGUCGAUGCUUCUGAAUUGGAUAAUCACCACGGCGUUAUUGCCAUCAAUCGCAAGAGCUUUGCGAAAUACAUUGAACAUAAUUUGGAGUCUUUCGUCCGAGUGAACUGCAUUGACGUUAUACAAACCGUCAGGUAUCUCUGGGACGUGGUUAAGGUUAGCUACAAUCACAAGAUCAUCUGGCUUGACUCCUCGACAAAAAUUGACUGGGUCCGUCACGAAACCGGUUCCAAGAUUCUCAGCUUCAAGUGGCAUAAGAGUCAUGAAGACAGCACCAUGGCAGGGGUGUAUUACAUGAGAAUGGAAAACACAUACACGGUUGACGUCGAGUCUAAGGACAAAACUAUUGUUAUUACACAGGACUUGAAAUUCCGACUCAAGAUCAAGAAAGACGGAGCUUGGAAAGAUGCUAUGGUAAUUGACAAGGAAAUCAUCGAUGCUUCUACUCUGGGAGUUGACAAGAACGGGGAGGCCACUGCACAACUUACGUCGAUACCAAACGAUCAAUCCGAGACCGGCAAAAUUGAUGAUAUCAGCAGUUGGUUUACUGGUUUCAAUACCUUGAUGGACGAGAUAAAAGGGGAGAUACUACCUGAAGUGUCCCUUGCAUUUGGAGAUAUACCGGUCUCUAUUGUGAGUAACUACGUAUUUCCUGGAGGAAACACUUUUAUCCUCAAGGAUAUUCGGUUCUCUUCAAACCAAGACUUGAUCGCAUCGUCUACAUACGGCGAUAAGUGA